AAUAGAAAUUAUUACAAAAAUCGAACAUCUCUAAUAAGCCGUCUGAAGAAAAGUUUCUUGUUGCGAAGUUCUUUUAAAUAUAUUUUAGAAUUUAUUGUUCAUUACUUACGUAAAUAAAAUAAUAUUAAAAGAUUUUAUAAUGCGGUGUAAGCUUUGCGGAUCUAAUCAGCAAGAUGAAAUUCAAUAUGGUUCCUUUAAAAGAAAGCAAAACAUAGCGGUGCAUAAAAAUUGCUUGUUCUUUUCUUCUGGGCUACAAAGGCUUCAAGAUGAUUAUGGGUUUUACGAGUUCUUUCUAGAUGAAAUUUCAAAUCAACGCAGACUUUUCAAAACAAGGAAUUGCUGCUAUUGUAAAAAGAAAGGUGCAAAUGUUAGUUGCAUUCAACGUGAUUGUCAACGUACAUUUCACUUCAUUUGCGGCCUACAAAAUGGGGCCAGAAAUCAAUUUGUUGCACCCUUCCGUUCGUUUUGUGAUCGCCAUGUUAAAUUGCCCAAGUCUCGUCCAAACGCGAAUGAAAUAUGCUGCAUUUGCCGUGAAAAAAUGUUCAUAGGAACUACUAAUUUCAAUCCAGCGAAAAUGUUGCGCUCGCCGUGUUGCCGCAACAAUUGGUUUCACAAAUUGUGUUUACAAACGUAUGCACACUCAGCCGGCGAUUUAUUUAGAUGUCCAGUAUGCAAUAAUAAGGACAACUUUCUAAUUUCUAUGCGCUACUGGGGUGUAUGUGUUCCAGAAGUUAUGGGGCGUGUCAAACUGCUAAGAAAUGCGAAUGCCAAUGAAGAAGAAGAAUAUGAGCAUUCAGCAAAUUUCAUUGAAGCCUUAAGGAGAAACCAAGAAAUACUUCUUCUCAACGAAAUUUCAAUGAGACGAAACGAAAAUCAGAGACAACGGUAUGAAGAAGAGAUAUUUCCGGAUAACUAUUAUGAAUAUGCUCAACUUCCAAGAUGCUUAUGUAACAAUGGGUAUGGAAAUUCAUAUCCUCCUGAGAAUGAAAGCAAAAGCAAAGGCUUGACGUGGUUCAGCUGGUUCGUCGAUAAUGUGCUUUCUCAUCCGUUUAUUGUUUUGCGUCAACAAUGUCAAGUUAACAACGUAGCUCGAAGGUUUCAUUUACUACCUUUUUCGUUAGUGCCAAUCAUAAUACAACUGUAUUAUCGUCAAGGUCUUAAAACAUUUUGGAAAGGUCUUGGUUGUAGCCUUAUUUUAAAGGGCAUUUCAUGGCUGAUAGGAAAUGACACUUUCACAGGCGAAACGUGUUUAUUUGUACGUAUAACACGCCAAUGGUAUUUUUCAAGCUGCGACGCUCGGACUAAAAAGAUAUUGUUUAAUAAGCACUGUAGGAAACUUAGUGUAUCGGUAUCGGUAUCGGUUCUACCAGUUCGACUAACUGCCAACGUCAAAUAUCAGUAAAAACGCUAUUUUUUCCUUACAUGUGCAUGGAAAUCGCAAAAUACGAAUUUAG